GAUGGAUAUCCUGUGGAACGAUGGACACAUCUCUCUGCUAUCGGCAGAAAACUCGCGCACAUUGGACUAGUUGACGGUGAGCUUCUCGAUGGCUAGGUGUGACAGGCAGGCAGGUCCAGAACACCCGCGAUAGCGAAGCAGCAAUGCUGAUAAUGCUCCCCUUCCUAUCAAACCGGACUCGAUGACAGGCUAUGCCUCUCCUGCGGUAUCGGCCCGCGACACCCUCAAGUAGGCCGGCCUCCCUCGCCGCAUGGAUCGGAAGCCGAAGCGCUUCAUUCUCUCUGUCUCACUGCUCCAGUAUCCUCAUUCACGCUGCCCUCCCCCCCUCCUCCCAAAGGAACCUCACAGUCUUUCACCCUAUUCCACCCAACGACUCGCGAAUCACGGCAGACCCGAUCUUGGCGCCGCUCGUACGCUGUCUGUCGACAGCCACGCGAGUCGACGCGCGUCCGAAUCCUCCUAGAAAGACCUGCUUCCAGGCUUGAUUAAAGCAUCUGUGCCCCUUCCUCCUCUCGCGUCUCCUCAUCGGACGACGCUCGUCAUCACCCAGAGCCGCUGAAACGAGAACGCCAUCGCAUCGGACGGAGAGGCUCCCUUUCCCCCAUUCGGGACGAGGUCGCAUAUCACCAACUCGCUGUCCACUGUGUCGUUGGAGUUUACUUGUUUCGGGGUUCCCUGGAUCUCGGACGCACUACACUGGGAAAGUCUGUUGGUUGUCUUCAAAUUAACAACGAUGAGCGGAUGUCGUGUUGCGCCGUCCGUCUCCCUUGACGAAGCGGAAGAGGGCGACUUACACGCGCCGUCCACGGUACCGACGUCGCCAGAGGGGAGCCUCAUAUUCAGCCCUGUCGUUGGAGCAGCAACCACUUCCGUCGUGGACGGGGAUUGCACGAGCGACGAUGCCCUCGAAGACUUACUUCCAGACAACGAGGGGCAUGUCUUCUCUACAGCCGACGCCAGGGAUCCUCCCGUGAAAAACAUCUGCUGCGUGGGCGCUGGUUAUGUAGGCGGACCGACCGCCGCCGUCAUCGCGUUCCACAACCCUCACAUCCGCGUCACCGUCGUCGACCGAGACGAGCGGCGCAUCCGGCGGUGGAACUCGAAGCACCCGCCGAUAUACGAGCCCGGCCUCUGGGACAUACUCCGAGUCGCCCGGGACGGCGCAAUGGGGAGGUGGUGCUCGUUCAGCCGCGAGCCCCUCGAGGAGUCGCCGAGACGCUCCGAUCCGGCCUCCGCGUCGACCUCGGCCACGUCCGACUGCGGGAGCCAGUGCGGCGGCGAAGAAGGCAUCACGGUGCCCGCGAGGCGGCCGAACCUGUUCUUCUCGACGGCAGUCUCCGAGUGCAUCUCGGACGCGGACGUCGUCCUGGUCGCCGUGAACACGCCGACCAAGACGCGCGGGCACGGGGCCGGCAGCGCCACAGACAUGGCCGCGUUCGAGGCCGUCACCGCCGAGGUUGCCCGGCACGCGAGGCCGGGGGCCAUCAUCGUCGAGAAGUCCACGGUGCCUUGCAGAACAGCAGAGCUCGUGCGAGAGACGCUCGCCACCCACCGCCCCGGCGUUCCCUUUGAGAUCCUCUCGAACCCGGAGUUUCUUGCUGCCGGCACAGCCGUCAACGACCUUCUUCACCCGGACCGCGUGCUCAUCGGAUCCGACACGACGCCCUCGGGGAAGCGCGCGGCCGGGGCGCUCGCCGGGGUCUACGCCGCCUGGGUGCCGCGCGGCCGCAUCCUGACGACCAACGUGUGGUCGUCUGAGCUCGCCAAGCUCGUGGCCAACGCGAUGCUCGCCCAGCGCGUCAGCAGCAUCAACUCGGUCAGCGCCAUCUGCGAGCGGACGGGCGCCGACGUCGACGAGGUCGCCGCCGCCGUGGGCCGCGACCCGCGCAUCGGGGACCAGUUCCUGCGGGCCGGCAUCGGCUUCGGCGGCAGCUGCUUCCGCAAGGACGUCCUCGGCCUCGUGUACCUCGCCGAGUCGCUCGGCCUCGACGAGGUCGGCGAGUACUGGGCGCAGGUCGUGCGGAUGAACGAGUACCAGCGGCUGCGGUUCACGCGCCGCGUCGUCAAGUGUCUGAACAACACACUGGCCGGGAAGAAGAUCACGGUCCUCGGGUACGCCUUCAAGAAGAACACGUCCGACACGAGGGAGUCGCCGGCGCUCGAGAUCAUCCGGGCUCUGCUGGAAGAAGGGCCGCGGGAGAUCGCCGUCUUCGACCCUUGCUGCAACCCCCUGGUGAUCCGGGAGGAGGUCCGGCAGCUCUGUGGAAUGCAGAAACCGUCCACGGAACGCGGCAACGACAGGAACGAUGAAGAUGGGCCGUUGAGGGUCUACGAGAACGCAUACGAUGCCUGCCGCGACAGCAACGCGGUCCUUAUCACAACCGAGUUUGACGAGUUCCGCAACUCAAAAUUCCUGUCGUCGUCGUCGUCGUCGUCGUCGUCGUCUCCCCGCAAAAGCACGGCGGACGUCCUCGAUCCGCGCCCGUUCCAGAGUCUGGAGAUCCGUCAGGCCGAUGUUUUGGCGCUGCAAGGAACACAACGGCCGAUGGAACUGGAGACCUCUUCAGACGAUCCGCUCGGACGCUACAUGCCAGAGCCCGAGUGCGCGGGCGACUGUCCCGAUUGCCGGGCGGGGCUGGACCGCGAAGCCUCGGGACUCGCUACCGCCGGGUCGGGGACCGGGGAGUACGGGGCCAGCAGGGAGAGCAUCGACUGGGCGAGGGUGGUGGGCGACAUGCAAGCCCCCAAGUGGGUGUUUGAUGGCCGGGCAGUCAUCGACGCUCAAGAGAUGGCCAAGCUGGGGGUUCGGGUGGAGAGCAUAGGAAGACGGAGUAUCUGGUGAUUUUCUUUUCAACCGGCUGGCAUCGAUGCCGUUUCAUGAUACCUAGGUCUGACCAGCAUAAGUUGUCGCUCAAAUCGUUGCUCAUACAUAAGCUGAGUCAUACGAGACUGUGUGAGCGUAUGCUUAUUAUCAUCACGACAGAGAACGGAGGCGUUUUGCGUAGCAUUUUCAGACCUGGUCUUUUCUCCUUUCCCGUGGAUGUCAUUUUGAGUAUAGCUGAUACAAUGCGAUUCAGCCAAUUCUUCCCUCCCCCUUUCCAAGUUAGAAAGACGACAACAGCCUCUUCAACCCCGACUGGCCAGUUGAUAAUACUCAGAAUGACCUGCCGGAUGGACAGUUGACCGUAAACACGCCGAGACUCACCUCUAGCCACAGCUCGUGUGCCGCUAAGCUAUAUUUGCGCAUGCGAUGCGCGUGGGCUCGCUCGUCUUUUCAUCCGGUCCCGGGUCGCGUUUCGCACCUCAACUGGAGUCUAAAGGGGGCUUCGUUCCUGACCGUCCAAGGGAACUGCCCGGACCCGGUCUGCAAGUUCGUCUGAGCAUCGCUCGAGACCGACUCCAGGGCUUCGCGGACCUUCGUGGAAACUCGAGACUUGCGAGAAACCGAGGACUCGGUAGUGGUAGAUUUGCUGAGGAGGUUUUUGACUCUGCUGGAACAAUACUCGAUGCUCACAUAUUCGUCUUGGGUAACUCGCCGUUCAUCCACGAGCACCAGACAGGACCGACUCAAAGUCCCUUACGCCCCUCUCAAGGCUUCUUGUUUCGAAACCCAGUCACGCAUUUAAGCAUCAGUCAAGUUGCUUUGUUACGAUGCCAUUGAGCCGCAAGCUAUCGAAACCACCGAGGCCAAGCAGCUCACGCUCACAAAUGAUCAUCACCGGGCUGUUUCUAAUGGACCAAACGCCCCUGGCCGCAACCUUUUCUCCCUUCCCCCCCACUGCCUCGGAUUGGUCGACGAAAGAACGGACGAUUCAAAGUUGCAAUGCAUCGCGAUUGGGCGAGUCGGGCGAGCGGUCCGUUCGUUUGGCGUUUCACACAACCGCCACUUGGUCGCCCAACGGCGCGCGGAGGGUCUCAAGAUGUACUUGUAAGUGUGGGAGGCAAGGAACGAGGCAUGGGUGACGGAGGGGAAGGGUUGGCCGAUCGCCUCUCUCUCUCUCUCGCGCUUCCCGCCGACCGUUAUAAACCCCGAUGCGAUGGUUUUGUUUCCGAGACGGAGUGAGACGAGUCGUUCGAACCCAGAAUCCCAGUUGGGUUUUGCCAGCUUGGUGUUUCUCGCCCUCCCCUCCCCGGUGCCACAACCCCCCCCCUUUUUAAAGUCUGGGUGCCUGUACUCUCUAUGCUUGACAAGUCAGUGCCGGCCAACCAGGUGGCCAAGUCUGUCAUUCUUGGUCUGGACGUCUGUCUGGGGGGGAGAGGGUCAAUAGCAUUUGGCUUUCCGUCCAACCUUUUUUCCUCUCUUUUCCGAGGUGCCGUUUCAUCCGCUGAUACUGUGCGGCUGGAGGUGUGAAGGAUGCUGUUGUGUCUAGGGGAAUCUGACGAGGAGAGAGAGAGAGAGGGUGACAUAGAGUGAGGGGUGUUACUUGUCUGAUAUAGUCGCCGCCCUUGGGGUAUGGUUGUAGUGUCGUCCUUUGUGGACCUUCUUUUGGAUGAUGUGCGGAUGAUCGAUCCUCACUCCAUCGUCUGUCCGUUUGUGCCCCUUCUUGUUCCCGACACUGAUCCUUUUUUUCUCUCUCUCUCUUCAUGUUCCCAGCGACUUGGCUUACCUCGCCGUUCAGCCCCGAUACGCUCGAUAUCCCCGGAUAGUCGUUACCAACGCGGGUACUGAUACGGAGAAGUCGACCAGCUUCAAGGCAGGCAAGAUGAGAGGGACGGCAGCCGCUUCGCUGCUGGUGCUCUUGGGCCUGGUGACGCUGACACGGGCGAGAGAGGUGCAGGUGGACGACGUGCCCGUCGAGUGCGCGACGAUAUGCGGGCCCAUCGUCGAGCUGACGUAUAAGUGCGACGUCGACAACAGCUUCGACGAGCUGAAGCGGCGCAAGGCCGACAUUCCUCCUCUACC